AUGGCGUCGUCUCCACCCUCUCCACCACCACCCUGGAAACGGACUUCCUCUUUCUCCAGCGUCGCGCAGAGCGUUGCAUCUGCCACCGAGGAUUUUGUUCUGCACCGCGACCCUCCUCCUGGUUUCAUUGCCGCCACAGCAGCAGCGACCGCACGAGCGCCGAGCGUCAAGGAGAUCAGGAGUGGGCAGUUUGGGCAAGAUGGCUGGAGCGCAGAGAGGUCGGCAAAACCAGGUCCAAGACGCAGGUCGAGUGGUUCGGGAGAGCGUCCUAAUGUACGAGACUCGCGCUUCAUCGAGCCUUUCGAGCCUUUGGCGGAGGAGCGGACACGAGUGAGCGCCGAUGAGCGGACAAGCGAAGGACUACGGGCAGAGGACGGGAGACGGGAUCACAGCAGCCACGCGGAAGCUCGAGCAGCUACACCGGCGAACAUACCAGAGUCAAGACCUCUGACCAGCCCGGAUAACGAGCGGACCGACCACGACAGAAUAGAAGCCCCUGAACAACAUGCGAACCCUAACUAUCAAACACCACCAAAACUUCCGUGGACAACCUCCACGCUGAUCGGCCUCAAAGCUUUCUGGAAAUGGUUCCUCACGCCUUUUGGCUUCCUCGUCACUCUCUACGGCUUGAACGUGGUGGCAUGGGGCGGCAUGCUCUUCCUCCUGCUCUGCGGCGCUGCGCCAGCCAUGUGCUGGGCUCCCGUCCACACUGCAGAGAACCAACGGCAUAUGUCGCCCGCUGCUGCUCUCGAUUUGCCUGGACCUUACUACCACAAUUGCAACGACAUCAAUAGCCCACGUCGAGUGUGGAUCGAGAUUGACAGCCAGAUUCUCAAUGCCCUCUUCUGCGUCACCGGCUUCGGGCUGGUACCUUGGAGGUUCAGAGAUCUCUACUACCUUCUUCGCUGGCGCCUCACCUCUUCGAAAAGUUCUAAUAAGAUGUAUGGUCUGCGUGUCCUGGCUGGGAUCCAUCGAAGCUGGUUCCGCUUAUCUGGCAGCCAGACGCUUGACUCCAUUCCAUCACAAGAUUACCUCACCCACCUGCAGAAGACAGCAACCCCUGGGUCAGAUCUUGAAGCCGCGCAUUCUUCCCUGCCAGACGCCGAUCCACGCCUACCCUUGCCACUCGCUAAAACUCCACCUCCACCACCGAGCGGCAUUCGCGCCCCAGCGACAGCACCUUGGAAGCUCGACUUCUUCAUCUGGUGUCAAGUCUGGAACACUUUCUUCCAGUGCUGCUUGUGUGGCUUCAUGUGGGGAAUGAAUCGGUACGCUCGUCCGCCGUGGUCGACCGGACUGUUCGUGGCUUUGGCGUGUAUCAUUGCUGGCGUGGGCGGGUGGAUGAGUUUCAAAGAAGGAAAGGCUGUCAAGAAGGUCGAGGGCGUGAUGAGGAAGGACCAGGAUGAUGUGGCAGGGGAAGGGGAGGAGCUGAGAGAAGUCAGGACAAACGCGAGCGAGUACGAGAGUGUGCAUCUACACGGACAGGCGAAGGACAUUCUGAGGUCCAUGGGGUAG